CGCAGCUGGGUAAAUUCCCAGCAACAACGACUAUGGACUCUGUCGCAUAGAAGCAAUAGUUGACGAACAAAUUGAAGAUGGAAAUCGUGUUUCGAGUUUGUCUCAUUUUAGCAGCGUUCAUUGUGGUUGAGAGCCUUGUAUGCUGGUCAUGUGGAGAUGACGUCACUUCCGAUAAAUGCCAGAAAAACUACACUUAUGCCGGGGAGUAUUACCAAGAGGAGUGUUUACAUUGGUUUUACGGAAAUAAUCCGUUGUGUGCAGUGAUCGUAUCGGAAAUGAAUGGAACAGUAGUAGAGUUUAAUAGGACAUGUAUUACAUACGAGGACUGUUAUACAGGAUGUCUCGAACACUUUAGAGAGAACGGUACGCGUUGUACUCACUGCUGCGAAGGUAAUCUCUGUAACACGGAAAGCGGCACCGUCUCAGCAAGUUUUCGAACAGAAAUUGUCCAAUGGCUGUUUCUUCUUUGUAUUGUGUGCAUUAUGACGUCACAUUAAUGAAGUGACGUAAUAUACGAGCAUGUGUCAUUGAAAUGUUUUGAUUUAUUUAUAACAAUAGACGUGUUAAACAUUUUUGAAAUAUUAUGAAUUAUAAUAUGUUGUUAUAGUAACAUUGAAACAUAUAAUUAUUCUAUAAUGUCACGGACGCCCUCAAUUCU